UCAAGGUUCGGUACAUGAAAACUCACCAUCGUAUCACCAUUCCAAUCUCCCACCAUACUCUUCCUCACACUCAUUCACCUAUCGCAAAUAUGACUACCGCAACCUUCAAGCAUAUCGACACUAACUCCUACCAAGGGAAACCCUGGAACAAAGUCGACGGCCCCGGCACCUCAUUCACCCAACUCUCUCACGUUCGAAGCGUGCAAAACCUGCGGGGCAGAGAAGGCGAGUUUUCUACUGACAACUCCGGAUUCGCGGUGUAUGAAUACCCGGCUACGGAGAAACUCUUCACAGACGAUGCCGCAGUGCGAAACGGAUACUACUGCGAAGUUGAGAAGCUGCUACGUGAGAAGCUGGCCGGUGUCAAGAAAGUCGUGAUAUUUGAUCAUACGAUACGUCGAAGAAUGAAGAAUUUCCCUCGGCAGCCGGUUCAGCAAGUCCACGUUGACCAAACACCUGGCGCCGCGGAAGCCAGGGUUCGACGACAUGUACCUGGAGACCAAGCGGACGCACUGCUGAAGGGUAGAUAUCAAAUCAUUAAUGUCUGGCGGCCAAUUGAGAAUCCGGCCUCAGAUUUCCCACUUGCAGUGAUCGAUUGGCGGUCUACGAAACCCGAGGAUUUUAUCCCUGUGGACCUCUUGUAUCCGAAGCGCGAUAGUUUCGAUUGCGAUGAUGAUGAUCGCGGGAAGGAGAAACUCCCGGAUCCGAAUUCCCACGACGCUACGGAUGGAUAUGAGGUUCGGGGCGAGACUUUGAGUGUUGCGCCAAGUGAGAGCCAUCUGUUUUAUUAUAUGAAGGAUAUGACGCCAGAGGAGGUUAUGUUGCUCAAGUGCUUUGAUUCCAGGGGAGAGGGAAUGGACAAGGGCGUGCCUGGUUUGGCAUUGAGGACGCCGCAUACGGCGUUCAUGGAUCCCAACACACCAGAAAAUGCACCUGGGAGGCAGUCGAUUGAGGUGAGGUGCUUGGUGUUCUACAACUGACAAAGCCUCAAGAAGAUGCAUGUAGUAGGCAUGUAUAUUUGUAUCAUUUGCGUUAGCUCGUCUUAUGGUGGUUUUGCAUGGUUUUACCUAGUUCUGAAUCACCGUCUACUUUUCAGCUACUCUGGCGCCCAUUCCGCUAUUGAUUCGGAGUUCUUUAGUGUCAGUGCAAGACAACGCGGAUGAUAUUGUAC